UCAGCCAAGGAGACUGCACCACUGCGCGUGCGCAACCGGCCUCUCCCGCUGGCGCAGGCGCCUUAGGUUAGCCGGCUGAAGCGGGCGGUAUUCUGAGGCGGAGAGGGCGUUGAGGCUGGCGGAGAGGAAGGAGCGGAGCCGCCUGCCCGCCGUGUCCGCCUCAUGUAUCAGCGGAGCCGGGCGGUGGCUGGACGCCUGGGGCCCCGGUGCCCUUGGAGAUGGGAAGGCCGCGUCAGCAGCACCAGGCGCCUCGGGCCCGGGCAGGGCGACACGGCGGCGUGGUGCUGCCACCGGGCGCGGCCGCGGGACUUGGAUGCCUCCUGGGAUAAAUUGCCUCCAGGUCUUCUCCCUGCCGGUUCCAUCGGGCCAAGAUUCCAAUCAGCAGUCUCCAAGAAACCUCUGGAAUCUCCCGGCAUUUUCCUGACUCCGUCCAUGCCUUCCAGAAGCCACUUUGCUGUUGCCGGCUAUGCGGAACCAAAGGCGAGCCUUUGCUCACCAUUGCACAGUCUAGAGAACAGAGCCUUUUGCCGUCCUGCUGUACUCUCCCCGCUUGAAGGCAUGGGAGAUGCCAUCACUGUCGUUAAUGGGAGGCAAGAGGAUGACAUUGAGGUGCGAGAUAGCGAAGGGCUCGAUGGGGCCUCCCUGGACUCUCUUCACAACCUCUUUCAUGGCUGGCAGUACCUGUCACCGUACCCGUCUUCGGAGGUAGCCCUGGGUCCACUUGCCCCCUUCCAAGCCACUUCUGGGACCCAAUCCCCAGUCAGUUCUCCAGGCAAAGGUGAUCCCAGCAUGGAGGAGCAUCUCGCAGUCCUGUACGAGAAAUUGCGGGCGGAGUUACCAGACCUCCUCUUGAAGAGUCAUGAUUAUAGAAUUUAUUCCCAGGAUGUAGAGUUUAUCAAUGAAAUUCUUCAUUUGAGAACACGUGGCCAAGUCAUGUAUCGCAUAGCAAUGACCCUCUGCCGGUUUCUGGCCUGGAACUACUUUGUUGAUAUGCGUGUGGAGGUGCUGAAUGUGACGCAACACCCAGAGAACUGGAGCAUCCAAGCCCGGUGGCGGCUUGUUGGGUUGCCUUUCCAUAUCCUCCUCCUUCAGUUCUACAAGGAUAAACGUGAACUUUACAGGAUGUACGAUGCCUAUUCAACUUUCUCCCUAAACUCGCAAGGGUUAAUAAAGUGUCACAGGGUAAGCAAGCUCAUGCCAUCCCAGCCUCUGACAAGCAAGCUGAAAAAGCUCGCCGUGGCCUCCUUGCUGGGCCUGGAGCUCUCAGAUCACAAACCAUCGCUGCUGCUUUUCUUUUCAGCUGACUGAGGAGCAAGAAAAUGGGCGCCAGGAAAUGGAAGCCCGGCAGCCUUCUUGUCCCUGUGCUAGUAUCUCUCUCACCUUGUUGGAAGAGGCCGGGAGGAUACCACUCGUGGCUCAUUGUGUACCUGUGCUGCCUCUGUAUAAAUAGUGUGGGCCUUGUCUCAUUUUGCUGCUGUGAAUUGCACCAGCAAGCACUGUAAAGAUGGUUGUAAUUUAAUCUGUACAUAAUAAAAGGUUUAUGCUGAAAA